CUGCAACUCAAAAACCCUCUUUUGAACUAUUUUUUCGACAUAUAAUUCUUCUUCCCCAAGUUUCAAGCCUCCCUUUUUUCUCAUCUGCAAGUUCAUUUUGUUAAGUGAAUGGCCGGAGGCGGUGCUAAUGCUACGAGGUGGAAUCCCACCGGUGCCGCCGGCGUCCGUAUUGUGGUCGCCGGUGACGCCAAGACUGGCAAGUCGAGCUUAAUUCUGACGGCCGCCGCUGAUGCUUUUCCGCCUAGUGUUCUUUCUGUUCUCCCGCCGACUAGGCUUCCCGAUGAUAUGUUUCCCGAUCGUGUCCCCGUCACCGUCGUCGAUACAUCCUCAAGCACUGAAAACAGAGGUAAACUUGUUGAAGAAUUGAGGAGAGCUGAUGCUGUUAUACUAACUUAUGCUUGCGAUAGACCUGAAACUUUGGAUAGAUUGAGUACCUUCUGGCUUCCUGAGCUUCGCCGUAUAGAGGUGAGGGUUCCUGUUAUUGUGGUUGGCUGCAUGCUAGAUAAGCGCGAUGAUGACUAUCCAGUCAGUCUGGAGCAGGUUAUGUCGCCUAUAAUGCAACAGUUUCGGGAGAUUGAAACUUGUAUAGAAUGUUCCGCAUUAAAGUUUAUUCAGGUUCCUGAGGUGUUUUACUAUGCCCAAAAAGCUGUCCUUCACCCAACAGCACCAUUGUUUGAUCAAGAAGCACAAACUCUUAAACCCCGUUGUGUGAGGGCUUUGAAAAGGAUAUUCAUUCUGUGUGAUCAGGACAGGGAUGGUGCCCUUAGUGAUGAAGAGCUGAAUGAUUUUCAGGUCAAGUGCUUCAAUGCUCCUCUACAACCUGCUGAAAUAGUUGGUGUUAAGAAGGUUGUGCAAGAGAAAUUGGCUGAAGGCGUGAGUGAACGUGGUCUUACAUUGACUGGAUUUCUAUUCCUGCAUGCUCUUUUUAUAGAGAAGGGGCGUUUGGAGACAACAUGGACUGUUCUAAGAAAAUUUGGUUAUAAUAAUGAAAUCAGGCUCAGUGAUGAUAGGCUUCCUCCUCCAAUCAAAAAACAUCCUGACCAGAGUGUGGAGCUGACAAAUGAAGCUGUGGAUUUUCUGAGGACAAUUUUCUUCACAUAUGACAUUGAUGGUGAUGGAUCUCUCAGAGCCCCUGAAGUUGAAGAUUUGUUCUCAACUGCACCAGAAAAUCCAUGGAAUGAAGCACCCUAUAGAGAUGCUGGUGAAAAAAAUGCCCUUGGUGGGCUUACAAUUGAUGGCUUUUUGUCUAAGUGGGCUCUUAUGGCACUUUUGGAUCCAAUUCGCUGUGUUGAGUAUCUCAUAUAUAUUGGAUAUGCUGGUGAUGCUUCAACUGCCAUCCGUGUUACUCGGAGAAGACGUUUAGAUCGCAAAAAGCAACACUCAGACAGAAAUGUGUAUCAGUGUUUUGUUUUUGGGCCCAAAGAGGCUGGAAAGUCUGCAUUAUUGAAUUCCUUCAUUGGAAGGCCUUUUCCUGGAGAAUAUGUUCCGACUACCAAUGAUAACAACUAUGCUGCGCAUAUUGUUGAUCAACCUGGGGGAAUAAGAAAAAAUCUUGUGUUACGUGAGAUUCCAGAGGAUGGUGUGCACAAUCUGCUAUCUAGUAAGGAUGCUUUGGCAGCAUGUGAUGUUGCAGUAUUUGUCCAUGACAGUACUCGUGAAUCUUCAUGGAAGAGGGCAACUGAAUUGCUGCUUGAUGUAGCUAGUCAUGGGGAAGCUACUGGCUAUGAGGUUCCUUGCCUUAUUGUUGCUGCUAAAGAUGAUCUUGAAUCAUUUGUGACUGAAAUACAAAAUUCAACGAGGGUUAGCCAGGACUUGGGGAUUGAGGCUCCUAUACCAAUCAGCACAAAGCUAGGAGAUUUGAGUAAUAUAUUCCUUAGGAUUGUAAAUGCAGCAGAACACCCCCAUUUGAGUAUCCCUGAGACUGAAGCAGGAAAAAGCCGCAAACAUUAUCAUCGGUUAAUCAGUCGCUCUUUAAUGUUUGUAUCAGUUGGAGCUGCAGUUGCUGUUGUUGGCCUGGCUGCUUACCGUGUUUAUGCUGCAAGAAGGAAUUCAUCCAGUUAAAUUGGUGAAGGGCACUUGCUUCUUUUCUCGUAAUGUUUUAUUCUGAAAGAAAAAAAGGCGUUCUGCUUCAAAUCUAGCAUUUAGAUGGAAGCUUGUGUGUUUCGUCUGAAAUAGUUUCUGGAGAAUUUGGAAGAUUAGUUCUCCAUGUUGAUGCUUCUGUGUUUGGCUGUUCUGAAGUAGGUUUUUUACGUUUGGCCUACUAUUGUAAUGACUACUCGCUAGGUAUAGGUUUCCCAAGUGGAAAAAUGGUGGUGGAGGCAGCAUGGUGGAUGUGUAACUAGAGAUGUGAUUUAUAAGACUAAAAUUUUGAUUGAUUUAUACUUUCAAAACAGUUAGUGAUAUCUUUUUAUUCAAAUGAGUUACGUUCGCUA